AUGACUGUAGUUACUAAUUUAGUAGCCGAAUAUAUUCCGACAACCAACUUCAAGUUCGUUUCUUUCGACACAAUAAAGAAGAAUGUGGAUGAAUAUUUACUAUUUGAUGUAAUUGGUCAUGUGGUAGAGAAGGGGCAUAUAAAGGAGAUCACUACAAAAGGAGAGAAAAGCAAACUUUUGGAUGUUAUUCUGCAAGAUUUAGAGAAAAAUACAAUUAAAUGUACUUUAUGGGAAGCAUUUGCUGAACAAAUUGAUGCAUAUGUAACGAAUACUGACCAAAAUGGACUGUGGUCAUACUUCAGUGUUUCAGGGCUAAAACUUAUUGUGGUGCGAAGCACGAGUUUGUCAAAUGUUCGACAUGGAUCACAACUACUGAUCGAACCGAAUUUGAAAGAAGUUUUAGACUACAGGCGUGAAGAAGUCUAUGUCCCAUCAGUUAGUCAAUUAUCGUCCCAACUUUCUUUGUCUCGAUCGUACGAUCCACUUCAGGCAGAUAGAAUGACCAUUGAUGAGUGCGUUGAGAGUACAAAGGUAUGUGUUGGAUCCGUACUGGCGAAAAUUCUGGAAAUCGAGUCGGCAGCUAAUUGGUGGUAUGCUUCAUGUAAAAAUUGUGUGAGGAAGGUCGAACCUGUCUCAAAGAAAUAUUGGUGCGAAGAGUGUGACGGGUUUGUUCCUGUUGUACCAAGGUUCAGAGUUCAAGUGAGUGCCAUUGAUAGUACUGGAUCGACUUCAUUCGUAAUGUUUGAUCGUAUUGUCAUGCAAUUAAUUGGAAAAAGUGCUUCAGAACACCUAGGUGGUGCAUCAAACAAGAAAUCAGUUUCCGAAAUAUUAAGUAUUGGGGAUGGCACCAUAGGUGAUCCCAAUGACGGGGUGGUCAGCAUUGAAAUCCCUGAUGACUUACUCAUAAAAGAGUCAGCUGAUCCACUUGCUUCAAUUGUAAAUGAGACAUACCCAUCAUUUUUAGAGAAUAUGGAUGAUAUCAGUUAUUUGCAACACAGGGCCAUACUGGCUCUGACAAAUGAGAUUGUUGACGUGGUAAACGAUUGCAUGCUAUCGUUGGUUCCUAAGGAAAUGAAGACAUAUCUCAGUUUUUAUAGUACAUGUUCAGCAAACGGAAGCAUUGACAGACCUGAUGAUAUUCAUACGCCCGAGUUUUUGAAUACCGUUAAUUCUUCUGGUCUUCCAAAUCACGAAUUAAAACUAAAAGAAGGUGUUCCGGUCAUGUUGUUGAGAAAUAUAGACCAAUCUUCAGGAUUCCUUUUAAAUUCCAGCGUCGACAAUUUCCUAUCACUCUUUCGUUUGCAAUGA